AUGAAUUUUAAGGAUUAAAGUGGAAUGUAAUAAUAUUGUGAUACAAUAAUUGGCCAUUUUAGACAUCAUAGCAAUGUAGAUUUAAAUUAGAACAAUUCUAAUAUUAAUUCAUUUCUUAGUUUGCAAUCUCCAAGUCAUAGAAAAAUGUCAGAAUGUAACGGAUUAGAGAAAAAAAUAUUAAGUUCAAGAAGUUAGAUUCAUAGAAUGAUGGAGAAUUUCUCACGAAAUUAUGAUUUAAUAUAAUAAUCAGAUCCUCUAGAACAUAUUACAGAGUUCACUCCUUAAUUAUCACCAAUAGGUAAUGUAAAUGAAGUAAAGAGACAGAUUGAUAUUAAACAUGAUGGUUCUUUAACUUUAUAAGAAUUAAAAUCAAAUUAAACUAGCAUCAUAUAGAUAACUAGAUUUAGAUUUAAUUAUUUUUAUGUGAGAAUUUAUGAUAGAGAAAGUCCAUUGCAAGCUUAUGUUAGAAGUGAAAAUUCUAAAUUAUAAACUUUCAAAAUGUAUAUAUCUACUAUUGCACAAUUUCCUACAAGUUUUAAUUGCGAAUAAGCUAUUUAAUCCAAAUAUUUUAAAUUUGCUGAUUAAUAAUAAAGAGAUGCUUUUCAUGUAAAAAAUUUAUACAUUUCUAUGUAUUCAGAAGAAGAUUGUCUUAUAGCAAUUAAUUUCAUUUUUGGUCAUUAUUUUAAAAAGAAAAUUAGAAUGAUAAAAGAUGAAUUCGAUUAAGAAAAAUAUAAAUAAAGUAAUCAUUUUAUAUAUUUAUAGAAUUGUAUUCAUUAAAUACUCCUAGAUUAGAUUCCAUUCAGAUGGAUAAAGUUGCUAAUAAUUUAAAUACUAAACAAUAUUAAAAAGAAUGUAAGAUUAUAUUUUAACUAAAGAAAUUCAGCAAAAGAUUAUAAUAAAUUAAAAAUUAUUAAAAUAAAGAAUAUUACAAGCAAUUGAACGAAAAAAAGUUAUUUAUGAAGACAAGAGAUUAGAUAUUAUUAGUAAAUUAAAAGCUAAUGAAUCUUUAAAAGAAAUAAGAAAUAUUUAAAAAUAAAUUGAACUUUAAUAAAAAUUUAAAAUACGAAAUUAGAUUGUUUGGAUUGAACUUCUAUUAAUUGCUUAAUAUGCAGCAAAAAUAAAAGAAAUGUUAGAUGUAUUUAUUUAAUAUCUAAAUUUAGCAAAUGAAAUUGCAUAAUAAAUAUUUAGCAAAAGGAAGAUUAAUAGUUUGGUAAUAUAAAACUAUAACAAUGAUAAAAAUUAAAGGAAUGGGUGCUACAGUGGAAGAAAGAAGCAGAUGUAAAAUGUGUUUAUCAAUUAUGAUUUUUACAAAACAACUAAAAUAAUUUUCAAAAGUAAGAGCCAUUAAAGUAGUCUUAUAAUUCUUACAUGCUACUCAUCUAUAUAUUUAAUGUUUAUAAAAACAUCGAUAUUUUGUUGAAAAAGUAAAUUAUGUAAAAAAGGUGUUUAAAAAUUUAAAAUAGAAACAUAAAGCUUAUAGAGAUAGAUUAUGGAGACUUUUGAAUAAGAACGGGUAGACUAUUAUUCUUGAAUUGAUAAAUAAACAUAGUCAAAUAAAGAAAAGAUAAUAUCAUAUUGAUAAGUAUUCAAUAAUUUAAUAAUUUUGAUAGUAUUCUACUAUUAAAGAUUAUGGAUGAUUUUAUUUAAGGAAAGAAAUAAAAAUGUUAAUAAUAUGCUCAAAAUUAUAUAAAAGAAAAAAACAAAAAGAAAAAAGUGGUUGAUUUUACUUUAAGUAUGAUGUAACCAGAAAUGUUUAAUGCUCCUACUUAUGAAGAUCUAGUAGAGAUAUAUAAAAUAUAUGCAAUUGAAAAAAAUAUUGCAAUUAAUGAUACACAUAAUUGA